AGUAUUGGGAAAGGGUCGCUGUGGUGCAUAGACCCAGAGUAUAGACAAAAUCUAAUUCAGGCUUUGAAAAAGACACCUUAUCACCCGUACUCACACGUGUUCAAUACACCUCCCAACUCUCCUCAGGCAUAUCAAAGCACAUCAGGUCCACCCAUCUGGCCGGGCAGUACCUUCUUCAAGAGAAACGGAGCCCUUCUCCAAGUCCCUCCAGGAGUGAUCCAGAACGGAGCGCGGGUGCUGAGCCGAGGCCUGUUUCCUGGUGUCCGGCCAUUGCCCAUCACUCCCAUUGGAAUGACGGCAGCCAUGAGGAACGGCCUCACCAGCUGCCGGCUGCGGACUGAGAGCGAGCCAUCGUGCGGCUCCCCGGUGGUCAGCGGAGACCCCAAGGAGGAUCACAACUACAGCAGUGCCAAGUCCUCCAAUGCCCGUAGCACCUCGCCUGCCAGCGACUCCGUCUCCUCCUCCUCUUCCUCGGCCGACGAUCACUAUGAGUUUGCCACGAAGGGGAGCCAAGAGGGCAGCGAAGGCAGCGAGGGGAGCUUCCAGAGCCACGAGAGCCGCAGUGACACGGAAGAGGACGACAGGAAACACAGCCAGAAGGAGGCCAAGGAUGCUCUGGGGGACAGCGGGUAUGCAUCCCAGCACAAGAAGCGCCAGCACUUCGCCAAGGCCAGGAAGGUCCCCAGCGACACGCUGCCCCUCAAAAAGAGACGCACAGAAAAGCCCCCUGAGAGCGAUGACGAGGAGAUGAAAGAAGCGGCCGGGUCACUCCUGCACUUGGCAGGGAUUCGGUCCUGUUUGAAUAACAUCACCAAUCGGACGGCAAAGGGGCAGAAAGAGCAAAAGGAAACCACAAAAAAUUAAAAACAAGUCACUGAUUUGUUUUGAACUUAUGGCCAUUUGGUUUCAGCAUGUCAGGAGAUUUCUAAUGAUUUGUGGCAAUAUCAGCAGUUUUUGUUUGUUUGGUUUUCUUUCUUUUCUUUUCCUUUUUUUUUUUUUUUAAUUUGCCCCCUCUUCUUUGUUUUGGACCCUUAAGAAUUUUAUUUUUAAAGGAGAUUGAAGCCAUAGAACUCAUAUUGACACUCAGCUGUUUUACAAAAGCUUUUCAUUAUCUGAAGACAAAACCGAAAAAGCCAAAAUUACCACUGCUUCCUCCAGCUUGACAGAAACACAUGGCUGAAUCUGCAGGGAUGUCAACGUUAAUGCCACAGGAAUACACGUUCGGCACCUAGAAGGCACGUGUGCAAAGUAAUCACCGUUCAGGCCCAACCCUUAGGUUUAAAAAGUCAGGAUGGCCAUCCAAUUGGGUUCACGCAGUGAAGGCACAUAAAGUGAUCGGGGAGCAGGAGGAACCCUUCGUCCCCCUAGGAGCAGACCCAAGCUUGUGGCACCAGGCAUCCGAUUGUGCCAGAAAAGCACUUGACACUAUCAGCCAGCAGGCACGGGCGCUGGCCACCAGUCCUCUGUGCUUCUUAACCCCGAAGCCUGGUCACGUCUUGUGAGGUGGACACUGGACUGACCGAUCAUAUGCAUCACGGGUCAGUGACUAAUGCAAAGAAACGGGGUAAAUUUUUAGUGAUAUUGCUGAUCAUUGAAUUCUGUUCUCUAUUAAACUAAGAAAAUGUUCCUAAAGCCA